CGCACUGCACCGUGGGCAUGUUUUUUUUCGUUCAAUAACUCGUUCCUGCUUCACACUUUCAUUUGAAAGAAAGCUGUUUGUUCUGUCCAGUAGGGCACAGUAAAAUCUGAGUGUCAGCUCAGGUCACGGUGAUGAAGAUCAAUACAUGAGGAUAACCAAACUACAGGCGGAAUAUGGAGCAAACAGCUGCUGCUGAUCAAACAGAAGAGAUCCUGAAAGUUCCCUCCAUUCGGGCGGAGGUUCACCAUCCCACCUACACCGCCCAGAAUGGCAGCAAUGUGGUUGUUACUUCCAUCAACGGUUCGCACAUUACCAAUUUGUGCAUCAAUAUCAACUCAGCCACUCAAGGGUCUGUUAUUCCAUCUGAAGAAGGACCACAAUGUGAUAUUAAACAGCCACAAAUUGAUGAGGUUGCAGAAUGUCAGAGGAAACUGAAGCUCACUCUGAGAAGAAAGUUUGGUCACUUGCUGGAGGGGAUGCGGUCAGAAGCAAACAAAACGCCCCUCAAUCAAAUCUACACCCAGCUCUACAUCACGGAGGGGGGAAGCCAUGAAGUCAACACGGAGCAUGAGGUGAGGCAGAUCGAGUCGACGUCCAGGAGAUGUGCGACGGAGGAGAAAUCGAUCCACUGCAGCCACCUGUUUGACCCUCUGCCUGGACGGGACCGAGCAGUGAGGACUGUGCUCACCAGGGGGGUGGCUGGCAUCGGGAAAACCGUGUCGGCCAAUAAAUUCUGUCUCGACUGGGCAGAGGAGACGGCAAAUACCGACCUGGAAUUCGUAUUUCCGCUCUCUUUCCGAGAGUUGAACCUGAUGAGAAAGAAAGAAUUCAGUCUGGUGGAGCUUCUCCGCGUCUUUUUUCCUGAAACUAAAAGCACAGAAAUCUUUGGUGUUCAAAAGAAAAUGCUUUUCAUCCUGGACGGCCUGGACGAGAGUCGCCUUUCUUUAGACUUCAACAAAAGUGAAAUAAUGUCAGACGUGAAGCAGCCGACCCAGAUCGCCGUGCUGCUGACCAACCUCAUCAGGGGACGGCUGCUUCCUUUCGCCCUCGUCUGGAUCACGUCGCGGCCGGCGGCUUCGAGCCAGAUCCCCGAGGAGCACAUCGAUCUCGUGACCGAGGUCCGAGGGUUCAACAGCCGGCAGAAAGACGAAUACUUCAGGAGGAAGAUCAGCGACGAGCGUCUGGCCACUCGCGUGAUCGGGCAUGUGAAGUCCUGCCGGAGUCUCCACAUCAUGUGCCACAUACCGGUCUUCUGUUGGAUGGCUGCAAGCGUUCUGGUGAAGAAACUGUCGACAGAGGACAGCAAAGACACGCCGAAGACCCUCACUCAGAUGUACAUACACUUCCUGUGCUUGUACGUGGAGAACAUGAAGAGGCGGCUGCCGGGAAGAAGAGAGUCCAAUGCUGAAAACGUGCGGCAGAAUCUCCUGUCGUUGGGUAAACUGGCCUUCAAAGAGCUGGAGAGAGGCCACCUGAUCUUCUACGAGAGAGACCUCGCCAUGAACGGCAUCAACGCAACACAGGCGUCCAUGUUUUCAGGGAUCUACACGCAGGUCUUCAGUGAGGAGGUGGCCCUGUGUGAGGAGAAGAUGUUCUGCUUUGUCCACCUGAGCGUUCAGGAGUUCUUCGCCGCGCUGUACGUCUUCCUCACGUUUCACAACGACAACGUGAACGUCCUCGUCAAGAGGUCGUCCGCCUCGCGGCGUUUCCUGUUCCGAGAAUCGUCGGAGCUCAUCCUGUACAAAGAGGCAGUGGAAAAGGCUCUGAGGUGCGAGAACGGACACUUUGACAUCUUUCUGCGCUUCCUUCUGGGCCUGUCGCUGGAGUCUAAUCAGACUCUGCUGAAGCAUCUAAUGACCAGUAACAGAACGCACCAAAAAACCAGAGGAGAGAUCAUCCGUCACAUAAAGGAGAGGAUCAGGACCAACCCGUCCCCGGACAGAUGCCUCAAUCUCUUCCACUGUCUGAACGAGCUGAACGACCACUCCCUGACGAAGGAGAUCCAGAGCUACCUCAGCUCCGGCAGCCUGAACGAAGCCAGCCUGUCGCCCGCCCAGUGGGCCACUCUGGUCUUUGUGCUGCUGACGUCGGAGGAGGAGCUCAGUGUGUUCGAGCUCGGCAGCUACUCCAGGUCAGAGGAGGGUCUUCUGAGGCUGCUGCCUGUGCUAAAAACAGCUCGAGUGGCAAAACUAAAUGCAUGUAAGCUCACCGCGGCCUGCUGUGCAGCUCUCGCUACUGCCGUCAGCUCACCUCGACUCAGAGAGCUGGACUUGAGUCACAACAACCUGAAAGAUGCAGGGCUGAUGCAGCUUUCCGCUUCACUGAAGACGAGCAAACUGGAGGCGCUCAGAUUGAGGAGCUGCGGCCUGACGGAGCACAGCUCAGUCGCUCUGGCAUCAGUGAUCAGUUCUGCCUCUUGCCAACUGAAGCUGCUGGACCUCGCUGACAAUGAUCUCCAAGACGAGGGCGUAAAGAAGCUCUCCAACGGAGUGGGGAGUCCUCACUGUCAGCUGGAAACACUCAGUUUGUCGCUGUGCAGAGUCUCAGAAGACGGCUGCAUCUUCUUGGCCUCUGCCCUGCUCUCGUCCCGUCUGACCGAGCUCGACCUGAGUUACAACCACCCUGGACCCUCGGGCCUGACGCUGCUGUCGACCCUGCUGGAGGAGCCGCGCUGCCGCCUGCAGACUCUCAGUGUGGAGCAGUGUGGUGAAAGCAGGAUGCAGCCAGGCCCUAAGAAAUAUGCCCAAAAACUCACCCUGGACCCAAACACAGCGCACGAAGACAUCUCGCUGUCUGAAGGAAACAGAAAGGCAAGGCGCUGGACCCCUCAGGCGUACCCCGACCACCCGGAGAGGUUCGAUUUCUGGGUGCAGGUGUUGUGUAAGGAGGGGCUGACGGGGCGCUGCUACUGGGAGGCGGAGUGGAGCGGCCGGGCCUUCGUCGGAGUCGCCUACAGACGGAUGUGCAGGAAGGGAGAGGGCCACGACUGCUGGUUAGGCCGAAACGAGUCCUCCUGGGGUCUCAACUGCAACAAAGACGGCUACAGGGCUUUGCACAACGGCGUCGGCGCUGCCGUGACCGCCACGCCCGUCUCCGGGAAGGUGGGAGUGUUCCUGGACUGGCCGGCGGGGACCCUGUCCUUCUACAGGGUCUCCUGCGGAGCCCUGACCCUGCUGCACACCUUCCACACACACUUCACGGAGCCCGUGUACCCGGGGUUUCACCUGGGCUGGGUGGACACCACGGUCUACCUGUGCUGAGGAGCAUGAUGGGUAUCCGGCGGAGCAGUGGAUCGAACAUAACAUCGACUCUCAGCUUUUUGAAAAGUGUACAGAAAAGCUUUAAAUAGUCUUAAUUCCAAUGUGUGAAAGUUGAUUAUGCUGUAUAUGUAAAAUAAAUGAAUAUG